CCAGGGGGCCCAGCGGGAAGGGGUAUUGGGAUUAAGGUAACCGCAGUCUCCGCAAACAUGUCGGUUCUGAUAUCACAGAGUGUGAUCAAUUAUGUGGAGGAGGAAAACAUCCCGGCCCUGAAGGCACUUCUGGAGAAAUGCAAAGACGUGGACGAGAGAAACGAGUGCGGCCAGACCCCGCUGAUGAUAGCCGCUGAGCAGGGCAGCCUGGAGAUCGUGAAGGAGCUGAUCAAGAAUGGAGCCAACUGCAACCUGGAAGACCUGGAUAACUGGACAGCGCUUAUAUCGGCCUCCAAGGAAGGGCACCUGCACGUGGUGGAGGAGCUGCUGAAGUGCGGGGCGAACCUGGAGCACCGGGACAUGGGAGGAUGGACAGCUCUGAUGUGGGCCUGUUACAAAGGCCGCACUGAUGUGGUCGAGUUGCUGCUCUCGCAUGGAGCCAAUCCCAACGUCACUGGGCUGUACAGUGUCUACCCCAUCAUCUGGGCAGCAGGCAGAGGCCACGCAGACAUAGUGCAGCUGCUGCUGCAGAAUGGCGCCAAGGUCAACUGCUCCGACAAGUACGGAACCACCCCGCUGGUGUGGGCAGCGCGAAAGGGUCACCUGGACUGUGUGAAGCACCUCCUGGCCAUGGGCGCCGACGUGGACCAAGAAGGCGCCAAUUCAAUGACUGCACUUAUCGUGGCUGUAAAAGGAGGCUACACACAGUCAGUGAAAGAAAUCUUGAAGAGGAACCCAAAUGUGAACCUGACGGACAAGGAUGGCAACACGGCGCUGAUGAUUGCGUCCAAGGAGGGGCACACGGAGAUCGUGCAGGACCUGCUGGAUGCCGGCACCUACGUGAACAUCCCCGACAGGAGUGGGGACACCGUGCUGAUCGGCGCCGUCAGAGGCGGCCACGUGGAAAUCGUCCGCGCGCUGCUCCAGAAGUACGCGGACAUCGACAUUCGAGGGCAGGACAAUAAAACUGCUCUGUACUGGGCUGUUGAGAAAGGGAACGCGACCAUGGUGAGAGACAUCUUACAGUGCAACCCUGACACGGAAAUAUGCACAAAGGACGGCGAGACGCCGCUGAUAAAGGCGACCAAGAUGCGGAACAUCGAGGUGGUGGAGCUGCUGCUGGACAAAGGGGCGAAAGUGUCUGCCGUGGACAGGAAAGGAGACACCCCUCUGCACAUCGCCAUCCGCGGGAGGAGCCGGAAACUGGCCGAGCUGCUCCUGAGAAACCCCAAGGACGGCCGGCUGCUGUACCGGCCCAACAAGGCGGGCGAGACGCCCUACAACAUCGACUGCAGCCACCAGAAGAGCAUCUUGACUCAGAUAUUCGGAGCCCGACACUUGUCUCCCACGGAAACGGACGGCGACAUGCUGGGCUACGACCUGUACAGCAGCGCCCUGGCGGACAUCCUCAGCGAGCCGACCAUGCAGCCACCCAUCUGCGUGGGGCUGUACGCGCAGUGGGGCAGCGGCAAGUCCUUCCUCCUCAAGAAGCUGGAGGAUGAAAUGAAGACCUUCGCGGGGCAGCAGACCGAGCCCCUCUUCCAGUUCUCCUGGCUGGUCGUGUUCCUGACGCUGCUGCUCUGCGGGGGCCUGGGCCUGCUGGUCGCCUUCACGGUCGACCUGACCCUCGGAGUGGCCGUGUCGCUGAGCUGCCUGGCGCUGCUGUACAUAUUCUUCACCGUCAUUUACUUUGGUGGCCGGAGGGAAGGCGAGAGCUGGAACUGGGCCUGGGUGCUGAGCACCAGGCUGGCCAGGCACAUCGGCUACUUGGAGCUGCUGCUCAAGCUGAUGUUUGUGAACCCGCCCGAGCUGCCCGAGCAGACCACGAAGGCUUUGCCCGUGAGGUUCCUGUUCACGGAUUACAACCGCCUGUCCAGCGUCGGCGGGGAGACGUCCAUGGCCGAGAUGAUCGCCACCCUCUCGGACGCCUGCGAGCUGAGCCGUCGUCCCGCAGGGAAGAGGAAGUGGAAGAAGACGUGCUGCCUUCCGUCCUUCGUCAUCUUCCUGUUCGUGCUGGGCUGCGUGGUUGCGGGCGUCACGCUCCUGGCCAUCUUCCGGGUGGACCCGAAGCACCUGACCGUGCGCCGCUCAGAAUGCGCCGCCCUCAGUGCAUCUCUCUCUCACGCGCAGGUUCUCAAGUGCGAGGUGGAGCUGAUGGCCAGGAUGGCCAAGACCAUCGACAGCUUCACGCAGAACCAGACGCGGCUGGUGGUCAUCAUCGACGGGCUGGACGCCUGCGAGCAGGACAAAGUGCUGCAGAUGCUGGACACGGUCCGAGUGCUGUUCUCCAAAGGGCCGUUCAUCGCCAUCUUCGCGAGCGACCCGCACAUCAUCAUCAAGGCCAUCAACCAGAACCUCAACAGCGUGCUGCGCGACUCCAACAUCAACGGCCACGACUACAUGCGCAACAUCGUGCACCUGCCCGUGUUCCUCAACAGCCGCGGGCUGAGCAGCGCCAAGAAGUACCUCGUCGCUUCUACCACCAACGGGGACAUCCCCUGCCCGGACGCCGCAGGGGCACAGGACGACGCCGACAGGAGAGUCUCACAGAUCAGCCUCGGAGAUAUGACAAAGUUUGGCAGCAAGACGGCCCUCAAUAGACGGGACACGUACCGCCGGAGGCAGAUGCAGCGGACCAUCACGCGGCAGAUGUCCUUCGACCUGACAAAGCUGCUGGUGACGGAGGACUGGUUCAGUGACAUCAGCCCGCAGACCAUGCGGAGGCUCCUCAAUAUUGUGUCCGUGACAGGGCGGCUGCUGAGAGCCAAUCAGAUCAGUUUUAACUGGGACCGCCUUGCCAGCUGGAUCAACCUCACAGAGCAGUGGCCGUACCGCACGUCCUGGCUCAUCCUGUACCUGGAGGAGACGGAAGGGAUUCCGGAUCAGAUGACGCUGAAAACCAUCUAUGAAAGAAUCUCAAAGAACAUUCCGACGACUAAGGACGUGGAGCCGCUGCUGGAGAUAGACGGGGACAUCAGGAACUUCGAAGUGUUCUUGGCUUCGCGGACGCCCGUGCUGGUGGCUCGAGACGUGAAGACCUUCCUGCCCUGCACCGUGAACCUGGACCCCAAGCUGCGGGAGAUCAUCGCCGAUGUCCGUGCCGCGAGAGAGCAGAUUAACAUCGGCGGCCUGGCGUAUCCCCCGCUGCCCUUGCACGAAGCUGCCCCCCGGCCCGCGUCCGGCUACAGCCAGGCCCCGUCCGUCUGCUCCUCGUCCACCUCCUUCAACGGCCCCUUCGCAGGGGGGGUGGUGUCCCCACAGCCGCACAGCAGCUACUACAGCGGGAUGACGGGGCCCCAGCACCCCUUCUACAACAGGCCAUUCUUUGCCCCAUACCUUUACACGCCACGGUAUUACCCUGGCGGUUCCCAACAUCUCAUCUCACGUCCAACAGUAAAAUCGAAUUUGUCCAGAGAUCAGAGCAAUGGCCUAGAGGUUAUCAAGGAGGACGCUGCGGAGGGGCUCGCCUCGCCCACCGCCCCCCCGAGGGGGCCGGGCCCCGCACCCGGCGCAGGGUCGCUGAGCGCCAUGACCGUGGACGCCGUGUGCGAGCGGCUGAAGCAGAUCGAGGGGCUGGAGCCGAGCAUGCUGCCCCAGUACUGCCGUCCUUGUCCUCAGGCCAACAUCAACGGGCGCGUGCUGGCGCAGUGCAACAUGGACGAGCUGAAGAAGGAGAUGAACAUGAAUUUCGGAGACUGGCAUCUCUUUAGAAGCACAGUGCUGGACAUGAGGAGCGCGGAGCACCAGGUGGCCGCGGAGGACCUCCGCCUCCUCAACGAGAGCAACAGCGGCCCCGCCCCCCAGGGGGAGGCAGCGCGGAGGCCCCCCCACGAGCUGCCGCACACCGAGCUCUCGGGCCAGGCCCCCUACACCCUCAACUUCAGCUUCGAGGAGCUGAACACACUGGGCCUGGACGAGGGCGCCCCGCGGCCCAGCAACCUCAGCUGGCAGUCGCAGACGCGCAGAACCCCCAGUCUCUCGAGCCUCAACUCCCAGGACUCCAGCAUUGAGAUCUCCAAGCUGACGGACAAGGUGCAGGCCGAGUACCGAGACGCCUAUAGGGAGUACAUUGCGCAGAUGUCGCAGUUAGAAGGGGGGCCGGGCUCCACGGCCGUCAGUGGCAGGUCCUCCCCCCACAGCACAUGCUACCUGGGGCCCAGCUCCUCGGGGGGCUCCAUCCACUCCACCCUGGAGCCGGAGAAGAGCAAGGACCUGGAUUACUCCUCGUCCGGGGUCUCCACCAGCGACGCCUCCCCCCUGGACCCCAUCACCGAAGAGGACGAGAAGUCCGACCAGUCCGCCAGCAAGCUCCUCCCGGGCAGGAAGUCCUCAGAGAGGCCCAGUCUCUUCCCGACGGACCUGAAGCUCAAGGGCGGGGGCCUGCGCUACCAGAAGCUGCCCAGCGACGAGGACGAGUCUGGCCCGGAAGAGUCCGACCACACGCCCCUGCUCCGUGACGACAAGGACAGGAAGGCCGAGGCCCGGGCGGAGAGGGCGCCCCGGUCCCCGGAGCGCAGCGCCGAGCCCAUCCGCACCUUCAUCAAGGCCAAGGAGUACCUGUCAGACGCCCUGCUCGACAAGAAGGACUCGUCCGACUCGGGCGUGCGCUCCAGCGAGAGCUCCCCCAACCACUCGCUGCACAACGAGGCGGGCGACGCGCGGCUGGAGAAGGCCAACCUCAUCGAGCUGGAGGAGGACGGCCCGGGCCGGCGGGGGCUGCCGCGCAGCCUGGGCUGCCUCCCCUCCCAGUGCAGCCUGAUGGCCAGCAGCCCCGAGGAGGGCUGGCCCGCCGGCCCGAAGGCCUUCAACCUCAACCGCACGCCCAGCACCGUGACCCUCAACAACAACAGCGCCCCGGCCGAGAGGGAGGGGCCCCGGGACACGGCCCCGGUCCUCCUGCGGCCCAGCUCCAGCUCCACGGCCCUGCAGAACGAAAACCUGAGGGGCCUGGCGCCCAAGCGGGGCCCGCGGGCGAGCUACGCACGGCUCUCCACGGAGUCCUCCGAGCUCCUGGCCGUGGCCACUGCCGACAGCACCGGCUUCGGGGAGGAGAGGGAAAGCAUCCUUUAGGGAGCCCCGCAGGAUGGCGCCACGAGGUGUCACAGCUGACCGGGUUGUGGGGCGAGGGCACCCUCCCAUUCGCCUCCGUGAUGCGCGGCCGUGGGGGAAGGACACGCUCCGCACCACAGGAGGGGCCGCUGCCGGUCAGCCUGCCUCGUGGCCUUAGUAAUAGAAGCUCUUGGACUCACUGUUGUUAUAACUUCCAUUGGCACAAACCCACACAAAUGUUUGAGACGAUCUGAGUACAAAGAUGGGUCGGUGUCUUACCUGCAUGCAAAGGCUGUCAUUUGCAGAGAAAAUGGCCCCCUCGGGCCGCUCCCGUAGAACAUGCGCUCCCAGGUGUUGGAGGGGAGCUCGCUGUCAGGUGAACCAGAGCCCAGUUUGCUUUUAGGGGAAAAGAUAAGGACGGACGGGCACGGAGGAGCCCAGAGCCUGACGGCAGAUGGAGAGCUAGCGCAGCGACACCCCCUCAGUAGUCAGGUGCUUAUCAAAGGGUUUUUAACUUUAUGUGGAAAAUACAUGAUAAAAGGGCGUCAGAACUGAUAACAAAGUGGGUCCAGAGCCCCAAAGUAGCGCCUCAGGAGCUGCGGUGCGGCCUGUAGGGCGGGGCGUAACCUCCCCACGAUCUGGACACUCUUCUCUCCGGUCUCAGACCAGCUCCCAGCACGGCCACCGGCCCGGGACCCUCCUGUCUGCCCUGUAACUUCAAAUUGUGAGCCCAGUGUCCCUCCGCCCCUGGCAGUGAGGAGGAACCUGACCUCUUCUCAGGGGAGUAGGAGCUCAGCAGUGCUCAUGGCUGAGAGCAGGAGGAAGUGGUGCGUCAGGGCAGUGACAUUUAGGCAGAACUCGCCCUGCCUCCCGUUCCAGGGCGGAGCUGAGAAACUUCAUCUUCUAAAUCCGCAUGUUAAUUCUGGGGGAUCCUAAGAAGGAAGAAUGUUUUAAAAAGUUGAACAACAUACAAAGCAAGGGUGGCAAGAGGGCGAAGCUGGUGUGGCUGUGGCCGGGCACGGCUGUGGGCAGAGGAGGAGGGCAUUGGAGGUUCCAUGGCGGGAGGCCCCCUCCCCCGCCAGCGUGGUGUCUCUAACCCCGUAGAUGAAUUCUUGCAGGUCGCUGGUUGCGAGAAGUUAGAUGUAACUGUAGGUGUGUGAUUACCUGGAUCUAGUGUCACACUGUGAUGGUCUCUCUUCACGACCUUCACUCAUGUGCUGAAUAAGUUCUUAGCUUGACAAGUCAUUGCACGACUGGUUGCUGUUUGGGGUCUCACUGCCCGAGGCUCAAGUGUCUAACUUUUUCUCAUGUGUUUCUGUUGCUCGACCCCAGCAGUGUUCUAGCCAGUCGGGAGCACUAGCGCGUUAGGGUUUCUGUGUGUGUUAGCUGCAGGGCUGUGUAGUCAGUGGUUAUUUCAGAGGCAGAGCUGUUCCCUUCCGACGAGCAGACCCGCUCAGUGGCGCUGUCGGGGUUAUGCUGCUUGUGAUGCUCCCACUGGUAUUCGGUGCACGAAAAACUAGAAAAAUAAAGAAUAUCGCAUGCUA